AUGGGAUACACUUAUAGAAGAUAUAUUAGAUCAGAAUCGGGUGCAUUUGGAUGCGUAAAUUGUAAAACGCAUUUAGCAGCGCUUGAGGAUUUAGAGAGUCAUGCAUUUCAAGGGCAAACGGGCAGGGCUUUGUUGUUUAGGAGUGUCCUCAAUUACACACUCUCUAAAGCAGAAGAAAGGGGAAUGACCACUGGGGUACACACGGUUGCAGACUUGGAGUGUAGAAGGUGCAAGCUGCAGCUGGGCUGGAAAUACCUCUAUGCUUAUGACGAGAGCCAGAAGUAUAAAGAGGGCAAGUACAUCCUUGAGAAAGCUAGAAUAGUCAAGGUCGAUGGCGGUUUGUCUAGACGUCGUACUCAACUCUUCUCCAACGGCGUUGUCUACAGCGACGACCAGGCCAGCGACGAUGAUUGA